GGUUCUGCCACCAGUGUGGUCCGCGUCACACUACUAGCAAAGCACUUACGUAGCCCUGUAUUGCAGCACUUUCUGGAGUAUAAAUCUUACCUGAUAUUAUUUAAUCGGGAAUAAAAUGUUCCGUAGGAAACUUACAGCUUUAGAUUAUCACAAUCCCUCGGGGUUUGACUGCAAAGAUGAACCCGAGUUCCGAAAUUUCAUCGUUUGGCUGGAGGAUCAGAAAAUCCGACAUUAUAAAAUCGAGGAUCGUGGAAACCUCAGGAACAUCUCGAGCUCAGAGUGGCCCAAGUCCUUUGAAAAGUAUUUGCAAGACGUGAGCUGCCCAUUCAGUGUUCAGGAAAGGUGCGAGGCCAUCGACUGGCUGCUCGGCCUCGCAGUCCGGUUUGAAUACGGUGACAAUGUGGAGAAAUACAGAAACUGCCAACCUGCAGCAGAGGUGAGCAACAGCACGCAGAAACCAGCCGACCCUCUGAUUAACCUGGACAUCAACAAUCCUGACUUUAAGGCUGGAGUCAUGGCCCUGGCAAACCUCCUGAAAAUCCAGAGACACGACGACUACCUGGUGAUGCUAAAGGCCAUUAGGAUCCUCAUCCAGGAACGCUUGACUCCUGACGCCAUUGCCAAAGCCAGCAAGUCGAAAGAGGGUUUGCCGGUCGCUCUGGAAAAGCACAUCCUCGGCUUUGACACCGGAGACGCAACCCUGAACGAAGCCGCUCGUAUCCUUCGCCUCCUCCACAUCGAGGAGCUUCGCGAGCUCCAGACGAGAAUCAACGAGGCCAUCGUGGCCGUCCAGGCCAUCAUCGCCGACCCAAAAACCGACCACCGACUCGGAAAAGUGGGAAGAUGAUCUCACACUCCCUGGACGGGGUGUUUGAUGAUUGACGAUUGAACGUGCCAUCGAGUUCCUGAAUGUUUUUUUUUUUUUUUUUUUUUUGCGUCACCCUUUAAACCCAAACGCUUCGGACACGUGGAGUACAUUUGUGUUGCACCAUCUUAUGGUUUGUUCGUGUCUUUAAAGGGCCCUGGAAAACAUCUCGGGAUGGAAAGACAACCGUUUCUUUUUGUGUGUGUGUGUGUUUGAGAUUUGCUUUAUCUUUCAAUGAAAAAAAAAAAUGAAAUUGCAAAGGCCAUGUGUCCAAACUUAUAAAUGAUAUUAAUGCAGAA